AUGUGUAUGUUCUUGACAGUUAGAUCUUCUAAACUUUCUUUAAGACAAGAUUUUAUUUAUCUUGCAACUGUGUUAACUGAUGUUGGAUUAUGCAGUAAUGUAGUAAUCAAAAAUAGUGAAGAUUUCUGUUCCUCUGAUAUAUACCACCUGAA